ACAUGCUACAAGAGGUGCAUUCUCUUCUACCAGAGGUGGCCUGGCCCCUGCGGGAGGAUUUUCUGUCUCCUGUUGCCUUUGUUUUGUUUUCUUUCCUUUGGCUCGCCUCGGGUUAGCGUGAUCAGUCCGGACUCCAUGUGUGAGAAAUUACGCGCCGCUGGUCGCUGAGGUGGACUGUAGCUCUACUUUUUUGUUCUUGGACUUUCCCCUUACAAACAAUACAUGUGAAGAGCUUGCACUUCCCGUACAUGAAGUCCCAGCUGAUCCACGGAUCGAGACCCAAACGAACCCUCGAACAUUUUGGACACGCGCGUUUCCCGGAUCGUUCACAGCUGCUUUGGGAUCACUUGUAUGCUGUGUUUUCCUGCUGAGACAUUCCGUGGAAGAAGAGGAUGUGGCUUGCGCAAAUUCACCGCUGGUCUGAGCCCACGCGACCUGCUCUACCUGCACGCUUGCGGAUGAUUUUGCGCUUUUAAAAUCUGGACACACGCGCGUAAAGAAGACUCUGAUGUUUAGAAAACAAAGGCUGAACACUGAAUCCUUUACUCAAGACGGCAAGUGAAGAUGGCUCCUAUGUGUUUAAUGUAUAUUUCAUUAGACUGGCGUCCAGUUUAGUCAACAUCAUCAGCGAUGUAGUCAGCUUGUUCAUCUGCGUGCUCAUCAUUUGCAGUAAAUACUCACAUCUGCUCAAAAGGGAAACAAUGAAGAUGAUCCUGCUGCGCAAAUUCCGCUUUCUAAUCCUCAUGGUGUUCCUCAUCGCGUGCUCCAUGCACAUUAUGAUAGACUUGUUACCCAAACUGGAGAGACACGGCAACAGCGGCUGCUCCUGCUCGCACACGCCGAGCGAAGAGCCUCAGAGCUGGGGGAAGCAGCAGCAGCAUCAGCCGGGCUGGCCUAAUAACAAGCACACCCUCCGGAUCCUCCAGGACUUCAGCAACGAGCCCAGCUCUAAUGUUUCCUCCCACUCCCUGGAGAGGAGUCCAGUCACAGGCGACAAAACGCAGCAGCAGGCUUUCAGGGGGAUGGAGCAUCCCGGGCAGCAGCAGCAGCGUGGGGACAGGAAGAGGCAAUUCAUCCAGGACGCAGGCAUGACCAAGAACGUGCCGGUUAAAGGUUCAAGGUUGUCUGCUCUAUAUGAUCACCCCCUAUAUAAAAGAUCAGUGCCAGCUCUGACAGAUGAGGAUACGCUCUUUAACGUCAACACAGACAUCAGAUUUGACCCCAAAGCUGCAGAAGACCAAGCCUGGAACGCUGAAGGCACCAUGGAUGAGUUCAGCCCUACAGGUGAGCUGACGGCUGAUUCCUACCCAAACUGGCUCCGCUUCCACAUUGGAAUUAAUCGAUAUGAGCUCUACUCCAGACACAACCCGGUCAUCGAUGCUCUCCUCAAGGACCUGGUCACCCAGAGGAUCACCAGUGUUGCAAUGAAGUCCGGAGGCACUCAGCUCAAGCUCAUCAUGACCUUCCAGAACUACGGUCAGGCUCUAUUCAAACCCAUGAAGCAGACUCGGGAACAAGAGACCCCGCCUGACUUCUUCUAUUUCUCUGACUUUGAAAGACACAAUGCUGAGAUUGCCGCUUUUCAUCUGGACAGGAUCCUGGACUUCCGUCGUGUUCCCCCCGUCGCCGGCAGGCUGGUCAACAUGACAAAAGAGAUCAGAGAUGUCACUCGAGACAAAAAGCUCUGGAGGACUUUUUUCAUUUCACCAGCCAAUAAUGUGUGCUUCUAUGGUGAGUGCUCGUACUACUGCUCCACUGAGCAUGCCCUGUGCGGUAAACCGGACCAGAUAGAAGGAUCCCUGGCCGCCUUUCUCCCAGACCUGGCCCUCGCCAAACGCAAGACCUGGAGGAACCCGUGGAGACGCUCUUACCACAAACGCAAGAAGGCAGAAUGGGAGGUUGAUCCAGAUUACUGCGAGGAAGUCAAACAGACCCCACCUUAUGACAGCGGCACGCGACUGCUGGAUAUCAUGGACAUGACCAUCUUUGACUUUCUCAUGGGAAAUAUGGAUCGCCACCAUUAUGAGACUUUUGAAAAGUUUGGAAAUGAGACUUUUAUCAUCCAUCUUGACAAUGGCAGAGGCUUUGGAAAACACUCCCACGACGAACUGUCCAUCCUUGUGCCGCUGACUCAGUGCUGCAGGGUAAGGAAGUCGACCCACUUGCGUCUGCAGCUGCUGGCUAAGGAAGAAUACAAGCUGUCCAUGCUCAUGGCAGAGUCCCUAGUGAGGGACCGCCUCACUCCCAUCCUCAUCCAGCCUCACCUGGCUGCUAUGGACCGUCGGCUACGCCAGGUGCUGAACGUGCUGUCUGAGUGCAUUGACAAGGAGGGCUACAGUUACGUCGUAGAGGAUGACCUGCAGGGACCCCAGGGGACAGACCACGCCCACAGCAGCCCACGACAUAGGUAGCUGUCUGGGGGAGCUGACAGCCUAAAAAGACUGAAUUCUGGAGACGGAAGCCCGGACUGAGCAGCUUCAGUUGUCCUCUUUAAACUGACUUAGCAUCCUGUUGGACAGAUGAGCUUCAUCUGCAGUAAAUUCUCAGAGGGCUCGUAGAUUCUUUUUGCUGAUCUAACAGGGAGGCCGUCUGCCCAAGGGGAAUAUUUAGCUGUGUGGGAGUGGACGCCUGCUGGAUAGGACUGUUUGGAUGUGGGGUUGGGUCAUAAAUGAGACUGAUCACCCACCCCACGCAUCACCCAGACUCCUUAAAAUAUCCAGCCCCAACUGUUGUGUAGGAUAGAAGCACCCACCGACCCACCGCAGCACCACCAAACCAUGAAAGUCUUGCAAGGGACGCCUUCAGGACCCUUUUUUGAAUUCAGUGAAUUCUGAGGGACUUGUAAAGAACUUACCUACCCUCCCCUACAUCCUCCCCUCCCCCCCUUGAUGAGCUGAAUUCUGUGUUUCUACGUAUUGUUGGUAUUGCAAGUGUUUCAGAGGAGGAGGUGGAAGUUCCUGUUGUCUUAAUGAUCAAAAAGAUGUUUAUUGAUUUGCUGAAAAAAAGUUUUAUUGCAUAGUGUCUUUUUUAUUAUUUUAUUUCGUCAGAACUGAUUUUAUGGCUGGAUUUAAAGAUGGAGAUCUUUGACUGGAGUGCAGGUUUACUCCUGGAUUUGUCCUUUAAUUUUGCCCAUAAAUGUUACUUGUACUUGACAGAGUAUUUAUUAAAAUACAUAUUUAUUUGUUUGGAAUGAUUCUAACCGGAAAAAUUAAUGUUUUGUGUAAAAACAAACCAUUGAUUUUACAUCACAGCGGUGCACUUCUGUUUGUCCACUAGAGGGCGAACUGAGCAUGUGCAAAAACCCCAUUCAAUUCAUCUAGGUCCUUUAAAUUGGUUUGCCGCUACAGCAAGAGUUCAAAUGAGUCUCCACUUGUGUUUACAACAUAAAGCUUAACACUUUUUUUCUUUCAUGCAGAUUUGAGGUCAGAUUUAAGGUACCAAAAGCCAAAUGUGACACUAAUAGUUUCUAUUUUUGUUUUUUGUAAUAUAUUUGAUGUCCAGAUGUUGCUGUUGUGGAGAGAUUAUUUUUCAGGAUGUAUAUUUCAUUGAAACCAACAGCUGAUCGCUAAGCUGUUGGUGUCUGGCUGAAAGUUAAUAUAUUCAGUAGGAAAAUCUAGUGCCUGUGCAAUGAUAGAAAUACUUGAAUGUCUGGUUUCAUAGCAGAAAGAGUUCUACCCCUCCUGGGUACGAGCUAUAGAGAAGACACAGAGGUCUACAUAUAUGUGUGCGUGUGCGCUGAUGCCAUCUGUUCCACAAGCGUUUUAUUAAACACUCUAAGUUUUUAUUGUCCUGUCAGGUCAGUGCUGUGUGUGUGUGGAGAGGAGUGUGUGUGUGGAUCCAUGGAGAGCCUUUAGAGGGUGUGUCUUUAAAGUGAAAAAUGCUCUUUCUUUUAUUUCUAACUCAUGGUUUCUGUGGAUUUUUUUCACUUCUUUGCAUCAUGGUAAAAGUGCAAUAAAACAAA